CUGUGCAGCCCACAUCUCUAGUCAUCUCGUCAGACUUCUGGGUGGUGUCUGUGCCUGUCUGCCAUGGUAUUUCACUAACGAUUACUAUUACAAACAGGAACUAUGUCUGAUUCCAUCUCAGCUUCAAACAUCCAAAGUUAUCUGACUGAAUGUCCAGUAUGUUCUGAACAAUUUGAUGAUGCUGCUCGCCUUCCUCGCCGUAUGUCCUGCUGCGUACAGUGUGUAUGUCAGCCAUGUCUUCAGCAGAUCUUCAAUGAAGAAGACAAAACCUUGCUCUGCCCUGUGAGUCAUCACAAGCACGUACUUCAUCAUGGAAUUACCUCUCUUCCGACUGAAUCCAUCACAUCAAAGAUUCUGGACUACCAGAAAAUACAAACUGAUGAGCGGGUGGCAUGUACAGAUUGCCCAAACAACAACGAGGCUAUAGCGAGUUGUGAAGAAUGCUGUGCAUUUUUAUGCAAAGAUUGCAAGAUAACCCAUGACCAACACAGAUUGUCACGACAUCACAGAACUAAAACAUUCGAUGAAAUUAAAAGUCAGCCAAUCCACACGUUGAAACGGCUCCAUGAGUGCAGUGUUCACCCACAGCGGCAGGAGUUUUUCUGCAAUACUUGUGAGCAGAUAAUAUGCGUGUCCUGUACUGUGGAGGAACAUCGUGAAGGAAUGGGACACACGUUUGUGUCUGUGGAUAAAGCACACAAUGAAAAGUCAACACAAAUUGACAACAUGCUAAAUCAACUUGACGAGAAGGCUGUAGAACUGACUCAAACAGAACAAGAUUUGUUGCACAAAGUCGACAACAUGCACGUCUCAGCAGAGGCAGCCAAACAGGACAUCAACCGAUGCUUUGAAAAGAUGUUUGAAGAGUUACAACAAAGGAAAGCAACCCUCCUAAUGGAGGUUGAGGAGAGAUCCGGCACCGACGUGAAGCUAACAGAGGACUUCCUCCAGUCAACAAGGAAGUUGCUGGCGAAAGUGAGAUCCUCUACAGAUUACAUCAGACAGAUGAGAAGCAUUGCUGAUAACGUCGAAGAUCUUCUUCUGAUUGUUUCAUCUACAGCCUCAUUGAAUGGCAUUUUAACGGAGGUACCAAAGAAAGUGGAGUUUGAAAGCAGGGGCACAACCUUUGUCCCAGCCAACCUGAAUCAUCUUGAAUCCACUAUUAAGAUGGCUGGCAUGGUUAGGUCUGUCACAUUCACGUCUGCACAGAAGCCAAAAUAUGUACCAGAAAAGACAGCCUACAACACAAUCACUCUGGAGCCAGCUGAGGUACCAAAAGUGAUGGAUACGGACAUGGGUCUAUCAAAGGUGGAAAAUAAGCCUAUAAUGUGUACACAUCUGGAGUGGGACACGAGUCUUGCCAAUCGUGAUGUGACUGUAGAAGGAGCUGCAGUGUCUAACGUCAAGCCGGAUGUCCCGCCCCAUGACACCGGAUGUAGAAUGCAGUCGCCGAGAUGCGUCAUAACUUCAAAACCGCUGACAUUGAAGACUGGCCGGAUUGAUAUGUUCCAAGUGAAGUGUCGCUUCACUCUGAAACAGAAGGUUGAGAAGAAUACAAUGCUAUUUGAAACGGCCCUUACCCCCUCCCCGUUGGACUCCCAAUGGAAUCAGCUAUUUGGGUUGAGUGUAAGUGUUGUAACAUGCCCUAACCACAAGCAGACGCUGUGUGUCUGGGUGAGGUACGGGAAGCUUGUCACUGACCUGCCACUGUUUAAGAAUGAAGCUGGCAUGGCCAGUGAGUUGCACUGGAAUUUUCUCCUUGAUGGUAACAAACAUAAAAUACAUGUCAGUAAUGUUUGUGAUGGGAACACUUUUAGCACCGUGUCUGAUGUUGUACACAACACCCCAUUGUGGGUCAUGAUGUACGUUUCUCUACCAUCUACAUCAGAGAUGACUGGGGAACUGAUAUCAGGCCACAACAUUAACAGCAACUUUUACAUGCAUGGAGUGUGAGUUAACAUUUGUUGCCACGAUUCGUCAUCCACGUAGAGAUGAAUAACACAUAGUCUUAUUCCUUGCACACUAGAAAAGCAAAGGUAGAGAUUUAAAUAAAUAGAUAAAUAUGAUGACAACAAUAUGAAAAUGAGAAACUGCCAUGUCAUGAAAUAAACAAUUAAACACAUGAUCGUUUCAUGAAAUAACAACUUUUCACGAUUAGGUAUAACAUAUGCAUACAUAGUUCAUAUAUAGUAUAUAGAGCCAGUUGCGUAGAUCGGUGCUCAUGAUGUUGAUCACUGCAUUGUCUGGCCCAGACUCGAUUAUUUACAGACCGGCGCCAUAUUGCUGGAAAAUUGCUGAAUGCUGCGUUAAACAACAAACAAACAAACAAUCAUGUAUAAAAAAUAUUCAAACACUUUUUGUCUAAUAGACUCAUGUAAAGUGUGAAUUUUUAACACCAUAAUAUCUACUUAAAUUGAAGAAGUGAUUUUCUAACAUUUGAAGGUGACAUGAAAAGGACGCACACUUAUUGUACUAAACACAGGUAUAUACACGUCAGUGAAAGUUUUUGUCUUCGUUGCUGGAACGUGUUUGCCUACAAACACAUGCAGUAAAAAUAUUGUUUUUAUUAUGGUUUCAGUUCUUAUUUCAGAAUCUGCUCAGUGCCCCCCAGGGUUACAUGGUUCACCCAUUGUAAUACCCAUGAUAUAGGAGUGUGAUUCAACGACAAGAGGCACAUACUAUCUUGUGAAAUAGAAAUAGAAAUACAGUAUCGAAUACGAGUCGUAUCACACUCAUAUGUUCAGGAUACGAAUCGUAUCACACCCAUAUAAUCGGGAUACGAAUCGUAUCACGCUCAUAUUAUCGGAAUACGAAUCGUAUCACGCUCAUAUUUUCCGGAUACGAAUCUUAUCACAUGCAUAUUAUCAGCUUGUGUUAGAACUUUAAAUGGUUUGUCUAAAUGUUUUUCUUGUAAUAUUGGUACCCGUCAGGGUUGUGUUUUAAGCCCGCAAUUAUUUAUUAUCUUCAUUAACAAGUUAUGUACUUUAAUGGAACUGGAGGUUAGUUCAGGUGUAACGGUUUCAUCAGAUUUUAAUAAUGUAUGUUCACUUAUGUUUGCUGAUGAUUUUUACAGAACUGCCUGAUUCAUGUAACCAGUUACAGAAAAAGAUUAGUGUUCUUUAGAAGUUUUGCAAAUUCACUGGUAUGUCAGUUAAUCUUAAAAAGACUAAGAUUCUUGAUUUUUAGAAAUUGUAGGCCUCUAAAAAGAUCAUGAAAAAUUGUAUCUAUGACGAUAAACAAAUUGAAUCUGUACCUUUUUAUAAUAUGUAGGACUUGUUUUUACGGCAAAACUUGCCCAGACAUGUCUUGUUUCUCAGGCCAAUAAGGCAUUAUUUUCCAGAGAAAAAUGGGUAGUGUCAAAUUGUUUAAAAUAUUUGACUCUAUUGUAAACUCAUAGAGUCUGGGCAAAUUAUAUUUUGUAAGUAUUUUUUAAAAGCUGGUGGAUCUACUUGUAAUAAUGUGGCACUUGGUGAAUGUGGUAGACUUCCUUUACAAAUUGUAUAUAUGACUAAAGGUAUCAAAUAGUGGUGUAAUUUAUUCUACUUACCCCCAAAUAGACUCCCAAAACACUGUUGUGAAAUGCUGAAAUGAUAAGAUGAUGUUGGACGUGUAACUUGGGCAACUUAUGUUAAAAAUAUUGUAUUUACUUAUGGUUUUGGCAAUGCAUGGGUCAGUCAGGAUAUUGGAAAUGUUAAGUAUUUUAUGUUUCUUUUUAAACAAAGACUGACCGAUAAUUUAAAGCAAUCCUGGUAUACUUGCAUUCAAAAUUCACACAAAACUAUUUAUUAUUGUCAGUAUAAAACCCCAUUAGAUGUAGAAAAUUACUUAAAUUGUAAUAUUUGUUUCAAUUUCACAUAUGCCCUUUUAAAAUUCAGAUGUGGAAAAUUUAACUUUUCAAUAGAGGCUGGGAGAUAUGAAAAUAUUGCUUCUAAUGAAAGAUUUUGUUUAUUAUGCAAAUCAAAAGAUGAGGGGCAUAUUUCGUAUAUCUGUGAAUGUUUUUCUGAUGUUCGAGAUAAAUAUAGUGUGAAACAUUUUAGUCAACCUUCUACAAUAAACAACUUUAUAAAUAUUAUGCAAUCUAACAAUGUUGAUGUAAUUAAGAAUGUUAGUCUAUUUUUAUAUUAUGUACAAAUUAGAAUUAAGAGCAGGACACAUUUAUAAAUACACGUGCACCAUUCAUUUGAUCUGUGACCAUUUGUGCAUUUGUCUGUAUUAUGGUGCAGUGGACUUUUACUGAAUAAAACUGUCUGUCUGUC